AUGAGCCGGAAGAGAGACAAACCCUACUUCUCCCGCCACGUCCCCGCCUCCGCCUCCGGAUGGAAACGCCGUCGUCCCCUGCCUCCUCAUCCCGAGCCCGAACCAGAGCUUGACAAGCCAACUUACAAGCUGCCGCCACCGCCGGCUCUUGUCAUUACAGGUCUCCAGCCAGACUGCUCCGUCCUAGACCUCAAGUCCCGGUUCGAAAUAUACGGAGCCAUCUCUCGCAUCCGCAUUGACCGCGAUGCGGUCGGCUACGUCACCUACCGCGCCGCCGACUCGGCUGAAGCCGCCAUUGCCGCCUCCCUCGACCCCUCCUUUGGCAUUACCCUCGACUCUAAAAAGUUGCAGGUCCUUUGGGCAACAGACCCACUUGCCCAAUGGAGGAAAGGAGUUGGAGUUGGUGCUGAAAACAGAGAUUCUAGUAAUGGGUCAUCCUCAAAUUCCAAUCUUUUGAGGGCUGAGGUGCCUCUGAGGAGACAUGGUAGAGGCAACAAGCUUGCUUCGGCUAUAGUGAACCCCAGAGUUGCUGCUGCUGAUGGUUCUUCAGUGUUGGAUGUGCCUGCCAAAGCCAGAGAAAUCGUUGCUUAUGAUGACAUACUGUAA